UUUUUCGAAACGAUUUCUUUUUAUGUUGGACAGUGAAGUUAAAGACAAUGUCAAUCAUGUUCAAUAAAGCCGGAGAUAAACGCCGGCAUGAUGAUGUGCUACGACACGACGAGGAAGUUAUUGGCUCGUUAUGCAGUCUUGGUGAUAGUUCUCCACAAGAAUCCAUGGAGGGGGGUUGGGUUGAUGAGAAGCGUGUUCGCAGAGAGAUUGCCAACUCAAAUGAGAGGCGGAGAAUGCAGAGCAUAAAUUCUGGUUUCCAGUCACUCAGAACUUUGCUUCCUCAAAGUGAAGGGGAGAAAUUAAGCAAGGCGGCAAUACUACAACAAACGACUGAAUACAUUUAUCAAUUAGAACAAGAAAAGACAAGACUAGUUGCUCAAAACUGCCACCUGAAACGUCUCUUAGGCCCACUCAAAAGCAAGGACCUUACAGAAUCCACAGAAAUUCCCCUUUCUCCAGAAAAUAUGUCUGAAGUUACAGUUGGUGGUGAAGAUGUGCUGCUUUCUGGGGUCUCUACCAAGAAGAAAAUCCAAGAUCCAGUUCCUCUUGAAAAAGAGAAAAGAAAAGGGAUGCUUUCAGGGGAAGCUUAUAGUCGUGCUGUUGAUAGAUUAAGGAAAGAAGUGAAUGAAUCAAAAGCUCUACUGGAAUCGGAACGAAAACUACGCCUGAAACUCGAAGAGCAAAUACAUGCGCUCGAAGCUCAGCUACAGUUGCAGAUAGAUGUUCCCGAAGUUGAUAAUUCCGAAGAAAUUACAGCUCAUAUUCUAGGAAGGAAACCUAAUCUCCCUCAAAAAAUGUUUAAAUCGGAAGCCCAUGACGAAGAUUCCGAUUUGAUCAGUGCUGCCCGCAAUGCCUCUGGUAACUCUAAUCAACGAUGGAAUAAUAAUAAAAGGUGUACCUCGGUUGCCCGGAGAAGUGUGGUCACUACAGCGGCAAUGUCUCCUAGCUUAAACAGGAGAGAUAGCACUGCCAGUCCUAGUUCCAGUAAUGAUCACAACCAAGUUCAGUUUAUGAAUACCCAGAGCAAUAUGAUGACAUCCUUACCUGCCCAUCUGGUUCUAGAUGAUCGCCCAAAUAGUCGCACAGGAAGCUUACUAGAGGCAGCGAUGAUGGCCGAACCGAAGGUGGAAGUUGAACUUGCUUCCCGAGUUCCAUCUCCGGCGUUAAGUCUUUCCAUGGCGGGAGGGCCGGCCUCCCCCGCUAGCAGUCUGCCGUUAUCCUCUCUUCCUGUACUAUCUUUCCAAUUACCACCUCACUUGGCUCAUUUGUCUCAUUUGGCCCACGGUGAUGGAUCUUCUUCGUCGAUUGUGUUGCAGCAUGCAGGAGAAGAAGUGACAUUUGUUGACAUUGACACGCCUUUUAGUUCUGACAGCAAAUCCUAUCUGGCUGCCACCUCCCGACAGAACCUUGAAACCAUUGUCGAAGCAAUUCGUCACUUGGAAGGCGAUCACCUUUUUAAUGAUGAUGCGUCUGGCUCUCGCAAAGGUCAAUUAGUGGAAGUUGAAAUCGAUACAGAAGGUGAAGCGAUAGGAUGCAGUCUGGUCGUCACAAGUGCUCAAGACGAGCUUCAAUCGGAAGACGGAAUGGAUGAACAAGAACACCCUAUGCAGUUAACUAUUACCGAAGAUCAAGAUGUUGGAGAAAUGAUUACUGUGAGCACGGAGGCAGAGGUGGAUACAAAUAGUGACGUCUUGGAUGAUGGAGAAAUGGUCCACGGCCCAAACGUUAUCAUCGUUAAACGAGUUUAAAACGUUGUCCUAAUAAUGGGUGCUAUAGGAUCACUGAGGUGUCGAUAUUUAACAAUUAAAUGGCGAGUUCGGACAAUUGAAACGGAUGCGAAAGGAGCACUUAUUUGUUUGACUUGAUGUCCUCGAGCUUUUUGUCUCAUUCUCAUCUAAGCACGCGUAUCUCAGUUACGUGCUCGUAUGAAUCAUAUCGAAUUAAUGCAUUGCGAAUAUUUGAAUUUGUUGAAAUAAAGAAUUGACACGCAAA